UUCAUGUAGUUGGUCACUUUCUGUCUGUGGGAAUGUGCUCUCAGACAUAUUGUUUUGUGAAACUACAAACGCACUCUUCAUCUGAAAGGUUUGGAUGUGAGGAACACUUGUGUAGGCCGAUGACAUUGUCCUGUUCCCCUGCAGUCACAUUCCUCUCGGCUGACACGGAGAAGAGGACGCAGAUUUGGACGGAGGAAACAUUGGCUGGCGCUCUCAGUUUGUGUCUCCACAGCUUAAAGGAGAACUUGUCUGGGUCUAGUUUUGUGCCUCUCACAAAGAAAACAAAAAAAAAAAAAGAGGAAAAAGAGCAGUUUCUCUUGCCAAGGGUCUGUAAGUGCUCAUAAUCCAGACAUUUGUCAGAUGUAGAGAGAGAUAGGCUAUUGCGCAGGUGGUGUUUCGAGGGUGACUUUUAUUCUAUCAAAGCGGUGGUCUCGGGUGUUUGUGACAUGAUGCCGGGACAGAUCCCGGACCCCUCGGUGACGGCCGGCUCACUGCCCAGUCUGGGUCCUCUAGCAGGCCUUUCUGCCUCCACACUGACUGAACACCUGAAGUACGCCGACCUCUGUAACCUCGGGGCCAUGCUGUCCCCUUUCCAUCUCCUGGGGAAGCUGGGCAAGCGGACGCUCCCUAUCAAAGCCGAGAAAGAUGAAGAGGAAGAGCGGAGGAAAAGAAGGCGAGAGAAAAACAAAGUGGCGGCAGCGAGAUGUCGAAACAAAAAGAAAGAAAGGACAGAGUAUCUACAGCGGGAAUCUGAGCGUCUGGAGAUGAUGAACUCGGAGCUGAAAGCACAGAUCGAGGAGCUAAAGCACGAACGACAGCAGCUCAUACUGAUGCUCAAUCGCCAUCGGCCCACCUGCAUCGUGAGCACAGACAGCAUCAAGACGCCUGAGAAAGAGAGCAACCCUCUCCUGGAGCAGGUGGAGGCCAAAUGAGAAGAACCACACACUUCAUGACCACGUUACUGUUUACAGGUCAGCUCGUCUCCAGAGAGCUGAAGCACUUGGCUCGAAGCACUUGGACAUUUUAGGGAAGACAGAAUGACCUGCGUCUCUGACCUGCGAUGGCCUCAUUAAACGGCCGUGUUUUUGUAGUUACAAAACUUUUGUGGGAUAGUUGUUUUUUUGUGGUCAUAAAGUGCCUUUUUUCAGUUCAUUUAGUUUUAUGGGAAGAAUUGUCUGUUGGUUGUUCUGAACUGAUGAAAACACUCAUUGAAUGGUUGGACAUGCAUGUUAACUGGAUGAUUCUUCACAGACCGUCUCAACAUUUAUUCACCAUUUGCUGCCUUCAGUUGUUUUUUCUUCUCUCUGGCGCAGGCGUCAUGUAUGCACAUAUGUAUGAACUGUUUACAUCUUGCCAAUUUAUUAUAGUUAUCUAGUAUAUAAAUAUAUGAUUUUUAUACCUCCUGUACAUGGACUUAUCACUAGAUGUGAUACAUUUUAUGCAACGAUUUCAUAACCUCUAUUUCUGUGACGUAUUCAAUUUGUUGUAUAGCUGUGAAAAGUAAACUGCAAACAAUUAUUAAACAAGUGAUUUCCAAAGUGA